CACAGCUGUAUGUCCAUCAUGGCUACAGAUGCCAGACAAGCUGUACUGGACAAGCAACGCUCCAAAGAGAUAGAUAGCAUAAUUGCCAAAGAGCGCGCACUGUUGAAUAAAUACCACGACCCCAAGAUUCUAUUACUAGGCAGUGGCGAUAGUGGAAAGUCCACCUUUGUUAAACAGUUGCGCAUUCUUCAUGGAGGAGGGUAUUUUGAAGAUGAGCGCAAGUCUUUUCGUCCAAUCAUCUUGGAGAACAUUCGUGAUGCCAUUGUAACGCUUAUUACUGCCGCCUCUGAAAACAAUUUCGAAAUUAAAAGCGACGAGACCAAGGCACGAAUUAAAACUAUUUUUGAACAUUACAGAAUCGGCAAGGAUGCACUUUCAAUCUUUAAGUUAAACAACAAAAUGACUGAAACGAUCCAUGCUGUUUGGCAGGAUCCAGAUAUUCAAAACGUGUAUUCCAAGCGUGCAACUCUUGAAAAAAAAGCAAUGAUUCCAGACAAUACUCAGUUUUUUCUAGAUCGUGUUACAAACUUUUCAGACCUGUCGUAUCUCCCGAGCAACGAUGACAUUUUAUACUCUAGAACCAUGACGGUCGCAAUCACGGAAACCAAUUUUAGUAUUGAAAACACCAAGUAUCGGUUUUUUGAUGUGGGUGGACAGCAAAAGUAUCGAAAGCAAUGGGCUCCGUAUUUUGACACUGUAGACAGUAUUCUUUUCAUUGCCUCUGUUGCAUCUUAUGAUCAGUUUUUAGUAGAAGACCCAGCCAUUAAUCGCAUGGCCGAUGCAAUCCAGCUGUUUGGUGAGAUAGCACACAAUGUCCUUCUUCACCAUAUCCCAUUGACGCUGUUUCUCAACAAAAAAGAUAUAUUUGAAGCAAAGCUUUUGUACUCGGAUGUCAUUAAGCAUUUUCCCGACUUCAAGGGCAGUCCAGGAAAUGUCAAGCAUGCUGCCAGGUUUUUCCAAAAGCAGUUUGAAUCGGCAUGCAUGGACCAAAAUAAGCAAGUCUAUAUUCAUUUUACCUGCUGCACAGAUACAGAGGCAAUGGAUAUUAUUGUGAUUACCGUCAUUCAAGUUAUGCUCAAAAAAGAGUUUCAAAAUAUUGGUAUGCUGUAGCUCAGCGGCAGACAAUAAAAAUAAAACAUCAAGGUUGAAGAU